AUGGCAGGACCACGCAACUCACAGGUCAAACGAAGACGAACUUCAACAAGUCCAGGCGACUCGACGUCGAGCAAACGAUCAGAUUCCGGUGCUGAGAAGGAUGCGUUAGCUUCACCUGGGCCAACGGUGACGUAUGAGCACCAAGAUGACUUUGUUCAGGUUUCUGAGCUUGGCAUUGCGCCAUUCGAUCAAGAGGCUGGCUUGGAGGAGUCUCUCCCAUCUGUUAAAGCAGACGAAGAUGCUAUCGAGGAGUACGAGCAGUGGAAAGCCUCGGUAUAUGACGAAGGUAAACCGGAGGAGAUCCAAUAUCAACCCGUUGAGAAAAAGCUCGCCAGACGAGAAGGACGCUCUAUUUAUGUCGAUGCUUUUGACUACGCCUUUCGUGUUGUCUGGGAGGAUGGAUGCCACCUUUUUAAUGAAGCAGAGAAAGCACUGUUGAAUUAUUGGAAAAGCCUGUGCUAUGAAUCGAGAUACCUGUUCGUCUCUUUGCUGCCUCCUUUCCUUCUAUAUCUAAGACUCAACUUACCCGCUGCUGUCGAUGAUCUACAGAAGGUAAGGCCGCUACCAAUGUCAACUUGCAACGCAGUGCCUACUCUCCCAGGGAUAGAAACGCCUCCAGUUGCUACCCUAGGAGAAGAAUUUCAGUUUGCAGAAGGCAUAGAGGAAAUAAAGACCAUCGAAGAAGCAUUGUCAUUGCUCCUACUCGACGAAUUGAAGGCUUUAGCAAAAGAGGUGAAGGUGCAAGGCAAAAAUAAGAAAGAUUUAAUACAGGGACUGUGUGAUGCGAGCAGUACCCAAACCGGCCUAAAAUGGCUUUCAACCCCAAAUACUGAAAAAUGUGAAAGCGAUGAAGAUACCCCUCUAAAUCCCGCCACUCAUAAUGGCAAAGUCGGGGCUAGGGAUACCUUUUUUCGAAAAAAGAUUUUUGAUAUCACUGGCGAUUGUAUUCGGCUCUCAAGCGGGGCUCUGAAACUCUUUGAGCGCAUCCACUUGGUGUUUUACCGUUCUACUCAAUGGACGGAAAAGUCGCUCACGGCUAUAAUAUUGGCAAAAAUAUCCAGAAGAAACUAUCCAAAUUAUAUUGUCUGCCGUUCAAAUUCCAUAUUUCCCACCAGGCCCCAUUUAAUCGAAUUCGAAACCGCCCUUCGUAUCCAGUAUGACUUGGACAAAGAGAUGGAGUCGGGCGGUUCAUCGACUGAUGAGAAGAUAAUCAUCAUCAAGCAAAUUUCGGAGGCGGUAUAUCCUAGGUGGAAAACGAUACUCCAAGAGGAGCAGUCGAAGGAAGAACGGUUAUAUGAUUACGGGGAAGGCGCAUACCUAUGGCGGUUUUCUCCUGCCUGGGUGUAUACCCGAAUCAUACAUAAAGGCCUGUGGUCUCUUGGACGCCUCAAGGAGUAUAAACAAGAACAUGAAACAAUAACAGAGCUACUCGACCAACGCCUCUUUCAUGCUGCAAGACGGGGCGCUUGGUACCAGCGUAAAGCGCUCCUUGAAGAACACUAUAUGUGGUCACUUAUUGCCAGUGAUAUUCGUCCAGAGGAUGCCCGAAAGAGAGAAUGGAAGCAGAAAGCUCUUCGUACCUGCGAAGAUGGCCUCCGAGACCCAGACUGCCACGUAAUUUACCAUUAUAAUCUGCAAAAACGAAUAGCAAAGCUGGAGAGAUCCCUAAAGAUACCUAAACGGGAACAGCAUGAUUUUUCCCAUGUUAUGCUAGCAAAGCCGGAAGAACGUACGGUGCAAGGGAUCCGGAUUGAAAAGGAGCUUCCCGCAAAGCAGUCCAAUGCGAAACCAGCUGGAAACAGUAAUGUGAAAAGCAAAGGCCGCCCAACCGUCUGGGUUGAUGAAAGGGAAGGGGGUGGUGAAUGCCGAGUUGAAAGUAUGUGCCUUAGCUGGUAUAGAGACCAGGGUUGGAAAGGAUUUCAUUGUGAGAGCGGUAUUCUACGAACACUCUUUGGAUAUCUAUUUUACGAUGUUAUAUUCGCCUAUGUUCCGAACGUCUUCCAGACUCCAUACCAAACCUGUCCCCUAGAUUUACAUACUGAUUCAUUCUAUCCCUCGCGAAUAUCUGAGAUCAAGUCCAGACUUGCUCAAAUAUCAAAUGGGGAGGCACAGCAGCUCAUCCGUGAAGUCCACGAACGUGAGUCGGCAAAGCAAACCUGCGCUAUAGGCAUAGACUGGUCGUUCGAUCUCAGUGAUCUCAUUGAGAUUGUGCAAUGUUUCCGCGGUGAAGGUCUAGCAACUAUCUGCCAGGUUAUGGCACAGGAAUAUCAACAGCGAGGCGGAGGCAUUCCAGACCUAUUUCUCUGGCGUAUGGAUACCAAGGAGGUGAUGUUUUCGGAGGUCAAGUCUGAAAGUGAUCGUUUAAGUGAUACCCAACGGCUUUGGAUUCAUGUGCUUACAGGAGCAGGAGUGAGGGUCGAGCUCUGCAAUGCUGUUGCGCGCGAGAUCAGAUAUGUUUGA